UCCAACGAAAACACUAUUAGAAACAAUCUGCUCCAAAAAUCGUAUUUAGUCGCCCAUUUGUUGAAUAAAAACCGAAAUUAUAACAAUAAAUCACCCACAGUUGUGAGGACUGAGUGCUGAGAUCAAUAAUUGUUGAUAACUCAUCAAAUUAUGAGAAAGUGUUGGGCAAUUUACUGAAAAUUCCACAUAAACCUAACCUGCCAGUAUUGUCACUUCAACGAUAAACAAUGGCCUCGGCGGCAAUAUCUCCCACUGAGGACGACGAGCUGACCCUUCCACGCGCCUCUAUCAACAAAAUGAUCAAAGAGAUCCUCCCCCACGUCCGAGUGGCCAACGAAUCUCGCGAGCUGAUUCUCAACUGCUGCACCGAGUUCAUCCAUUUGAUUUCAUCUGAAGCAAAUGAAAUAUGCAAUCAGCAGCAGAAGAAGACGAUAAAUGCUGAGCACGUGCUGCAGGCACUCGAGAAAUUGGGAUUUGGGGAUUACAGUGCUGAGGCUGAAAUUGUCUUGAGGGAUUGUAAGGCUGUGGCAGCUAAGAGGAGACGGCAGAGCACUCGUCUCGAGAAUCUUGGGAUACCUGAGGAGGAAUUGUUGAGGCAACAGCAGGAGUUGUUUGCCAAGGCGAGGGAGGAGCAGGCUGUCGCUGAGCAACAGCAGUGGCAGCAGUUGCAGGCUGUUGCUCAGAUGGCUUCGAUGCAGCAGGUUGAUAGCGAGCAGGAGGAUUAUUCGUAGGACUGAGGAGAAUUCAUCAUAAUUUCUGGAGCCAUCCACGUGAUGACAGACAAUUAAUUGUUGCCAACUCAACAAACCUACGCCGGGGGAUUUUCGUCUCAAUUUUUUCUGAAACGAUGGCGAUUAGACUAAAAUUUUGAAAAAUUGACAAUUGAGAAAUAUGCAUAAUUGAGGGGAUUAUGAUUUUUUGAACAUUGCUAGUUUCUGCCCGAAAAGCAAUUUUUUUCAAGCUACCAAAUCGCCCUUUGGCAUACUCAAAGAACGUGAAGAACCCUUCAACAUAACAUUAUCUUCUAGUCGGCAUUUUUUCAUUGAAAAAUUGAGACAACAAUCCCCAGCAUCAGCGGAAAAAAAGGUUUUGAUUGGUGAUGAAUUGAUAACUGUUAAACCAGCUUGGAAAUAUUUAGGAUGAAAAUGUCAAGAGAUUUUUCGUGAAUGAAUAGAUUUUGUACGGAAUAAACUCCUGACAUUUAAGAAACAACUGAUUCAAUAUUGAUUCGUAUUCAUUGUAAACCAUCUUGUGGAGACAUAUCACGUACAAAAUGACAGGAAACUUUCGAAAUCUCUGGUCAUUUUCACUCAAAAGUAAUAAUGCCACAGCAGCCACGACCGUGAUAAACCCUGUUUUCAUGGCUCAGUAAUUACGAUAAAUUUGUGAAUAGAAUAUUUAACUUCGGUUCAAUUACGAUUAAUUGUAGUUUAGAUUUUUAUCAAUUCGAGUUAUGUACAAUUAAUUGUGAAUGUACCUGUUUUUUCCGUUAUCUCUGCUGAUUCGAUAGGAAAAACUAAGGCAUCAGUCUCCCGUAUUCUAGGGACAAGUGGCUCUUUUUCAAACCUUCAAUUACUUUUGAUACAUAGUGAUACCUGAAAAGGGAAUUGAUUUGUAGUUUAGAGAAUGAAACAGAGUGUCAAUAAACUUGAUUAAUAUUAUUAUA